AUGCACAGCACUCCUCAGGAGAUGGCUAUGGGCUGGAGCCCAAGGCCCCCAAGAAGGAACUUCCAAAGCAAUUGGUCCUUGACAUCUGAAGAUUCCUUCCAGGAUCCUGUGUCCCAGCUGGAGGGGUUCAGCCCCACAGCCACCUUCAGAAAGAAGAGGCUUUCAACUGUUGAGGAUUUUGAGAGUUCCAGUGGGCAGGUAGAGCCCUAUUCAGACCAUUUAGCUGCAGAGGAAGAGCCAUGCAUGUCAGCCUCAUUGAACAAGGAGGAGCGUCCAAAGAUAGAGGCCCUGCAGGCAGUGAACUGGCCAAGGAACUCGGGGAUGCCUGGAAUUUCAGACACCGCCUGGCAGAGGAGGCGAGACCCAAAGAAGCGGGCAGCUGCAAUGCAACGCUUGAGGCAAUGGGAGGCCCAGCAGCUUCAGGAAAUUGAGGAGGCGGUCCAUCACGAGCUUACCAUCCAAGAGGAGGUUCUUAGCACUGAGCUCCCCGACCAAGCCCAGGGGCCACUUAGCUUCAGCACAGUCAGGGUUGAUGCCCAGGAUCCUGCUGCCUUGGCAUGA